AUGCUUAAAUUAGAUGGACUUAAAAAGAGAGGAUUAUAAAGUGAAAUUUAGAUUUAUGGGCAGUUUUCGAAUGUUGCUGAAAAAAAACUCAGCACGUUGAGUCGUUGUCUUUUGAACAAACGGAGUAUUGUAUUAGUAGAUAAGGCAAGAGCAAACAUUGAUAGUAAAUGA